AUGGGGCGUCAAUAUUUCUGUGAAUUUUGUGAAAAAUCUUUCGCAGACAACCCAUCAAGCAGAAAGAAUCAUUUGAAUGGGACAACACACAAAGCCAAUCGUGAAAAUUACUAUAAAAUGUUUCUUGAUCCAGAAACUAGACUUCAGAAUGAAAGAAUGAAAAGACCCUGUAAAAACUACUUGAAAGGAAUAUGCCAGUUUGGAGAUAGUUGUCGAUUUGGUCACAUGACAGAAGAAGGUUUUCGAGCUCUGGAAGCCCAAGGUUAG